AUGGACUGCUCAGCGAAGAGGGAGGUGGAAGAGGGCAUGGAAGAGGGAGUGCAUGAAUCGGAAAGGAUGCAUGAAUCGGAAGGGCUGGUUCAUGAAUCGGAAUCAGAACCUAACUUAGCUGGAAAUUCCUCUGGUUUCGACAUAUCGGCUAUUUAUAAAGAUGAGACAGAAGCAUAUGAAUGUUUUUGCACUUAUGCUCACGAUAAUGGCUUUAGCGUCCGAAAGGAUCAUCACAGUUUUUGGCCAAAUUCUAGGAAGAUAAAAUCGAAGGACUUUGUUUGUUCAAAAGCUGGUUUCAAGAAAAGUUAUGAUCUUAAUUCAAGAAAGAGAUUCACUAGACCAGAUGUCAGAACUGGUUGCCCAGCUAUGGUGAGGUUUGUCACAGAUGAAGAUGGUUACUGGCAUGUCAAAAGAUUUUUUGAAUCCUACAACCAUAAAUUAUCUAGCCCAGCCGACCGACACCUUUUGAGAUCAUGUAGGAAUGUUGUUGAGGAAAAAGCUUCCGUCCUAAAAUCGAUGAUAGAUGCAGGGAUUAGAACCGUUGAUGCAUAUGCCUACCUUGCAGAGAAAGUUGGUGAAUGUGAGAAUAUCGGAUUCUCUAAGAGGGAUGCCUACAAUUUUACUCAGAAGGAGAAAAGAGCAAGGAUUGAAAUUGAUGACACUAAUUCUUUGAUUCAAUUAUUUAAAGAUCGACUAGUUGAGGACCACAUGUUCACAUGGGAUGUUCAAUAUGAUGAUUAG